AUGCCUUACUACUUUGAUGAGGAAAGUAAAGAAUGGAAACUGUUAAAAUCUGUGCCAAAUGUAGGUGAAGUAGUAGAAGAGUGGUCUAGUGUGAAAUAUAUCGGAAAUUGUUUGUAUUUAGCCUCAUCAAAUAUCGUAGAAUCAGAUGUUUAUCGUUAUCACAUAGUGAACAAGUCCUGGGAAAAACUUACAAAGUUGAGUUUCCCCAAGAUAAUCCAAUGUUUGUGUUCUAUUGGUGACUAUAUUUAUGCAGUAAGUCAAUCUAGUCCACCCGAGAUUUACAGUUUGGCUGACAACACCUGGCAGCAGUGCAGGGAUAAUUUGUAUUUAUUUAAACGAACAGCGUUAAAAUCUGUAGCAGUGGCGGUGAUGAACUAUAAGUUAUAUGUUAUGCAUGGGAUCAUUGAAGACCCUUCUAGUUUGCUUUUAGCAAAUAGAGCAAAACCUGCCUUAGUGCAUUGUUUUGACCCCCAAAAAAAUGAAUGGGAAAGCGUCGCCUCAACGUGUUAUCCUCACUUUGGAUCCAGUCUUAUUGUUGUCAAUAACACUCUGUAUGUGGUAGGGGGGAAAAAGGGGUGGGGUUGUGGCGAUGGGCCGUACGGUGAAAAUGCACCGGUAGAAGUUUUUAAGGAGAAAAAAAGACUUCUACCUUGGUUUGGUAAAAAGAAAAUAAAACAACCACCAAACAGCUGGUCUGUUGUAGAACAGAAACAUAUACCCACCAACAAUCUCGGUGCCGUGGAAAUAGAAAGGAGGGUAUAUUUUAUCAUCAACAAAUUUCCAGUCGACAGUGGGAUAAGAAUUCAGCCAGAGGACACGCACCAGGUUAAUCUUGAUGAAUGGAAAAACUUACGGACUGUAAGUGAGCAGGCAGUCUUGUGUUAUUUGCCUGUAAAAAAAGAAGACUUAAAUUGAAAGAAGAUCGGAGCUAGAUUAAUGGUCAAAAUGAAGUUAUUACUUAGUCAAAAUUUAAGUGUCUGAAUGGUUUGUUUUAAAAAAUAUUUAUCACAGCAUAAAAUGUUGAAAAAAUGUUUUGUUUACGCCUUUCUUGGACCAAGGCAGUCACCUCGCAACAACAUUUAAUGCGUGGUUUAGACUGAGA